AAUCCAAAUGCUGUACAAUACGUGGUUUUGCGGACUUGUUUUCAAUUCUCAUCUGAACAAAUUAUACUUUAAAGCGUCUUGUAUCAAUUCAUUAAUAACAUUCAACAGUCUGCGGUUUCUUAAUCAUGGACGACCACAACAACGGGCUGGCGGAGAAAAUAAUAAAAGAGUUGAAUCAUGUUCUUGCAAAUCCUGGAUUGACUGAGUUCGACAUUGUUCCUUUGGAAUCAAAUAAGAACAAAUCGCCUGUGCUGUAUGUUAAUACAUCUGUGGGAUUGGAGUCUUGGUGUGUGAAGCAUGUAUACAUGUACUGCUACAAUGAACUGAUCGUGGAUUUCCUCACUAAUCCAAAGCGAAGACUCAGCAGAAUAUCUAAUCUUAACUUCAAACGGAUAGCGCAUUUGUUGAAUACAACAAUACUGUUGAAUCCUGAUAUAAGUACUCUUUGGAACAAGAGGCGUGAGAUGUUGGGGAAGAAUUACUUGGAAUGGUCGUCAGAAUUACAAUUCGCAAGGUUGGUCUUAUCCAGGAAGCCUAAAUGUAACGAUGCUUUUGCUUAUAGACGGUGGAUCUUACAAGAUUUCCUGAAAGGGGAUGUGCAGCAACCUUACCAGUUGAUAGAUUCUGUACUAGUUGAAGAGCUUGAUGUGUGCAACAUGGCUGCGGACAAAUGCCAGAAUAAUUAUCACUGCUGGGACCAUCGCAGGUGGCUACACAAUAUUUGCUGGAAAUUGCAAUUCGGUUUCAAUUCCGCCCUCUUCUCCUUUACUGAAUACCAAUUUAUCAAGGAUUGGACCUCAAAACAUGUGUCCGAUCACAGUUGCUUUCACUACCGCCAGUUCUGCGUAAAAAAGCUUUACGAAGUAGACGAAAGGUGGACAGUAUUUGAAAAAAUGAUACAAGUUGACUUACGAGAGAAUUUGCAAAAGGUUGUUGAGGCUCAUUUACGUAAUGAUGCAAGUGUGACGCCCAACAAGACGUUCAAGAAAACAAUUGAAGAUGAUGACCUUAUUGCCUUAGUGUUAGGUCACGGUCCCGGUACUUGCAUAUGCAAAAAUACAUCCAACACAUGUCAAAAAUUUGAAAUCCUGUUCUAUGAACUAGUGUCAAAUGAUGAGCUACUGAAAUACUAUAAAUAUCAUGAGACUCUCUGGUAUCACCGGCGGUUUGUAGUACACGAGAUCUUAGAGACUAUGUAUGAGUAUUUAGGAAUAGAGAGGAAGAAUGGAAAACUUGUUAAGAGGACUUUAUCACCUGAGGAGAUUGAACGCAGAGAUACCUGUAUAAAUUGUGAUAAUGCUGAAUUGAAGGAGCAUCAUAGUAAGGUUGAACAGCUAGAAGUUGGCUGGGUGUAUAACUGUGAGCUAUUCAAAGUCUUAGUAAAGCAUGAGAAAGAGUUGAUAAAAGAUAGGCGAAGAGAUUCAGACAAAUAUGCGGGUAGGCAUGAAGACUACCUGAAGUAUGUUGAGGGACUUGAUAAGUACUUUUAAAUAAAAUAUUUACCUGUAUCAAUGUACUCUGGCUGGUAACAAUACAUGACUGCAGUAGUUACUUGUUUAUUCAUUGCAUAUGAGCAAGUAAUGAUUAAACAAUUUUAGCAUUAAAAUCACUUUUAUCAUAGAACAAUCUAGUCAGUUACCACAUAGGAUAGUAAGUAUGUUUAUAUAUUUAAAUAUUAUUUGAAAUAUAAUCCAAAAUGAAUUAACAAGUUGUUUUACCAAAAUGUUUGUAUGAAAACUGUCUCAAGUUGUUAACAGCCUGAGUAUAGUAGAAAUGACUACAUUUUUAUAAUAUCACAAUAAAUGUAAUUUAAAAUAAUUGCAUUUUCGGGUAUUUAUUCAAAGCUAGUAUUGUAGAAGAGUAGUAUUUUUAAUCAAUUACAAUAAAUUCGAUAUACUAUUUCCUUAGGGUAGUAUGAUGACUGGUUGCUAGGAGACGCUAUGGUGCGCUCGAAGAUAUGUAGAUCUCUUUUUAAGGUCUCUGCACA